CGGGCCUGGCUCGCUCCACUGCUGCCCUGAGCGAGGCUCCCCGGGGCACAGGGGAGCCCGAGAAUAGUGCGAAGCCUUUUGUCCCAGUGCCCCGGACGGGCUGCCUAGCGCAGGCUGCUUCAUUUACUUCUGAACUGCAGCCACCUCUGGGGUACAACCUGGGCUCUGUUUAGCAGCCUGUGGUGACGUUACGGAACCGUUCAGGCUGCUAGUUGAAAUAUGUUGUGUGUGAAUGUCAGUAACUGAAACAGCUUUAAAUAUACUUUUUAUCUUCUCUUCUUGCUGGCCUGUUCCUGACAGUUGAGUUGUGGGAUCCUGGUUAGAAGUGUCACUUAAUAAUGGUUUGGUUUAUAAUACCAUCUCUUUCCUUCCAGGCAGCAGAUGGCUUGGUGAAAGUUCAGGUGGCUUUGGGGAACCUUGCAGGCAAAGAGAGAAUUAAAAUUUUGUACAAGAAAAUUGAAGAUUUAAUAAAAUAUCUGGAUCCUUGGUACAUUGAUCUAAUGGCUGUUCCUGAUGCCAUGAAACUGCAGUUCAUCUUAGCAGAGGAGCAGUUUAUUCUUUCCCAAGUUGCCCUUCUGGAGCAGGCGAACAACCUCCAGCCGUUCUUGGACAGUGCACACGUCAAAGCUGCUCCUGACCAUGCUGCCAAACUGCAGCGACUUGCUCAAAUCCACAUACAGCAGCAGGCAGGCAGAGUUGAUUACAAGCAACAAGUCCAAGAUAAUGGAACAUCAGAUGGAUUGACAUCUGCACGCAGACAUCAGGUGCCACUGCUCAUUCAGUCGAAAUGUCGAAGACGUAUGAACUUGGCAGAACAGAGGGGUAUUGCUGGAGCCUAUCAUUCUUUUCCUUUGCAAACCUUCCAGCUACUAUUUCACAGAGACUGUCCAUUUUGGCCAAUGUACAUGGCAGAGGGGCGUUGCUGGCACAUGAUGGCACAUAUCACGUUGGUAGAUGUGCAGAUCUGCUUUAAGUUUCAAGAGGGGGAAACCUUAAGCCAUAAGGAUUGAGAUCCGCAGUCACUGUCUGGAAUCACCCUGAACAUGGACAUUGGGCUAUAACCUCUGGACUAUUUCUAAAAGGACUUUUGGCAACUACAAGCUCAUCUCUGCUGCGUAUCUGAACCGCAGGAAUUGAAUUCAAGUCUGUCUGUAUAUUAAUCUUUUAACCAACAUUCUCUCUUUUUUCUUUUUUAAUAAAUUUUAGUUUAGUUAAUAAGAA